AUGACGUUCAUCUUCUUACCGAUUUUACGAAUUCAAGGCAAGGAGCAAGACAGGCUUGAUUUUCAUCUGGUUCAACUCUUCUUCGUUUGCUUACCUUCACUUGCUGUCUAUUUGGUUGCACAAUAUGCACGUGAUGAAAUGAAGAAAAUGGACGCAGAAUUAGAGAAGAGACAAAUUGAAGAGGCGAAGAAGAUGAAGGAAAAAGAAGGGAAGUAUUCAACUCUAAUCCACAGUUAA